UAUUUCAUGAAUUAGAUUGCAAAAGCAUAUAAGUGUACGAGAUUCCCUCGUACAAAAGUCCAAUAUCUACCUAGAAAAAAAGAGCCAUUUAUUGAGAUCUACAAAUAUAUUCCCAACUCCAAUAGUAUCACUUAAUUUAAUCAAGCAUACACUUCUUGCCUAAGACAAAACAUAACAGUAUGUUGAAGCAAGAAACCACCGCUACGCCGCCGCCGCAUAUUCUGCUCUUCCCUGUCCCACUGCAAGGCCAUGUGAACUCCAUGCUCAACCUGGCGGAGAUCCUCUGCCUCUCCGGCCUCCACGUCACCAUCCUCCUCUCCGAUCACACCCACGGCCGCCUCCUCCGCCACGCCAGCCUCGACUCCCGAUUCUCCCGCUACGCCGCCGCCUUCCGCGUCGCCACCAUCUCCGACGGCCUCCCCGACGACCACCCCCGCUCCGGCCACCGAAUUCUCGACAUCGUGCUCAGCCUCAAGGAGGUGGGCGGGCCGCAGUUCCGCAGCCUCAUGGAGUCGAGCGACGGCGGCGGUAGGCGGCGCGUGAGCUGCCUGAUCAUGGACGGGGUGUUCAGCUUCGCUAUACCGGUGGCGGAAGAGAUGGGGAUUCCGUUUGUGUAUUUCCGGACGAUCAGCGCCUGCUCUUUUUGGCCGUAUUUCUGCAUUCAAGAGAUCAUCGACGCCGGCGAAGUUCCUUUGAAAGAUAAAAAUGAAGACAAAUUGACAUUCUGGAAAAGGAAAGAGAUGGACUUAAUGGUCACAAGCGUCCCGGGAAUGGAGAACCUUCUCCGGCGACGCGACAUCCCGGCCUUCUGCAGAGUCGAAGACAUCAACGAUGCCGGCUUCCAAUCCAUCAAAACAGAGACCAAAAGAACAGCUCAAGCCACCGCUCUCAUACUCAACACAUUCGAAGAUUUAGAAGGUCCAAUCCUCGAUCAAAUCCGCAAACACAUCCCCAAUCUCUACUCCAUCGGCCCCUUACACUCCCAUUUAAAAGCAUUAUUAAAGGAAAAAGAAAUCGAAUCAUCUCAUCAUUCUAGCAGCUUCUGGAAGGAAGACAACUCCUGCAUUGCCUGGUUAGAUUCUCACCCUCCCAAUUCUGUGAUAUAUGUUAGCUUUGGGAGUAUCACAAUGUUGACAAAAGAUGAAUUGUUGGAGUUUUGGUAUGGUUUGGUUAAUAGUGGGUAUAGAUUCUUGUGGGUGGUUAGACCGGAUUCGGUUAUCGGGGAUGGAAACGAGAUCCCAGUUGAACUCGAGGAAGGUACGAGGCUGAGAGGGUUGAUGGUGGAGUGGGUCCCACAAGAGCUAGUUCUAGGACAUGAGUCGGUUGGGGCAUUUUUUACGCACAGUGGAUGGAACUCGACUCUGGAAGGUAUAGUGAUUGGGGUCCCGAUGCUAUGCUGGCCUUAUUUUGCGGACCAGACGACGAAUAGUAGGUUUGUGAGUGAGGUGUGGGGGAUUGGAUUGGACAUGAAGGAUAGUUGUGAUAGGGUGGUGAUUGAGAGGAUGGUUAGGGAGGUGAUGGGUGUUAGGAGAGAUGAGUUGUUGGAGAAGGCUUGUGGUGUGGCGAAUUUGGCUAAGAAGGCUAUUUGUGAAGGGGGGUCUUCGUAUAUGAAUUUGAAUCGAUUGAUUGAGUUCUUGAAGUCUACGGUUUUAUGAAGGUUUUAAUCAAUUUAAUUCAUCAUCUAUGUGUUGGAUGAUCAUGGAAAGGUGGAAACGAAUUGUCGUGUAUGUUGUUAUUCAUAAGUAGCAAUUUGGAUGGAUCAAAUUAAAUAAGAUUGCUUUGUUAACAA